GACCCAUGGUAUGUCUUUUUACAAGCCAAAAUCAAAUUAGAACACUUGAUUUAUAAGGAAUUUUAUCAAUCUCGUUUGAACAAAAGGUUACUACAUCAAGGCGCUUCGGCAUUAGAUAUUAUUCAACAAUACCUCUCAUGUAUACGACUAAUGAAAUUAGUGGAUCCAAGUUGUGCGGCAUUAUUACCUAUCGUUCGACAAGUGGAAUCCUAUAUGAUGACAUACCGGAAUGAUACUGAAGAAGGUGUAGUAGAAGUCAUUCGACAAGCUGAAGAAUACGACUUGAUGCCAUUGGAUGACCAAGAAUGCUACGUCUUUCCUGAUUCUGAACUGAAUGAAGAAGUUAUUUCGAUCUUGGAUGAAUCAGGUGAGGACGAUACGUUGACAAUAGCGGAACUGGAACGUCUUCAGCGAAAAGCAACGGAUCUAGUGGCAAUGUUGAUCAGUAUGUGUGGCUCUAGAACUAAGUUUGUGGAAGGUUAUAAAAAAGGACUGGCCAAGUCUUUGAUGACGAUACAGGAUUAUGAUACUGAUCAAGAGAUGAUACUUUUGGAAAUGCUUAAACAACGAUUUCCUGAAUAUACAAUGAAUGCAUGUGAUAUUAUGAUUAAAGAUAUUAAUGACUCACGAAGAAUCAAUCGACAGGUACAUGAAGAUAACCCCGAUUUGGAUGAUCGAUUCAAGACAUUUAUUCUUUCCAAGGAAUAUUGGCCCAAGAUCGAACAUGACAAUGACAAGGAAGAUGAUUGGUUGGAUACGGAAGAAAAUACCGAUCCUGUCAAGAUCCCAACGGUUCUAGAAGGGUAUGAUGGAUAUGCUCAAGAAUAUAGAAAGAUCAAGCCUUCAAGACAUCUGAUAUGGUUACCUUCUCACGGUUCCGUUACAUUGGAACUAGAACUUGAUGGUUGUUGUAAAGAAUUCAUCGUGGAACCUCCUGCUGCUCUUGUGAUCUCAUUGUUUGAAAAAGGUAUAAGACGAAGUAUAAGAGCAAUAGGAACACCUACUAAUUUUUUUUUUUUUUGGAUAUAUAAUGAAGACGAGUUUUUAACUACGAAACAAGUGAUUGAAAAAACAGGAUUACAAUUGGAAAAGGUGAUGAUGGCAUUGAACUAUUGGCACAAACAAAGGAUUCUGGUUUUACAAGCAAAUGGGUAUUUCCGCCUUUUGAAUCAAGAGACAAUAAUGGAAUGA